AUCACAUUCCUCAAUGAAAGUGAAAGUUAGUCUGAGAGACUGCAGAGCUGCAGUCGAGUCGAGUCUCUCUGUUUCUCUCUGUUUGAAAAUUCAACUGAAUCAACAGGUUUUCCUCAACAAAACAUCAGAAUCUCUGACAAACACCGUAGAAUCCCUUCCGUGCUGCUGUUAGAACUCAACUGAUGAUGUGAAUCAGCCUUCAGGCUCCGUUGUUGGGACUUCAGUCUGCAGCUGCAGAAACAACUUCCAACUGCCUGAAAUGUACUGAAACCAAACAGCAUUAUCGUUCGGACACCACAGAAAUUGGCGACCACGAAGGGACCGUGUUGUGCCUGAAUUCAUCGUUCCAUCACAGGCUCCAUCGAGCUGACUCGCGCUCCAGACGCUGGCGUAUAGGUUCAGACUGAGCGAUGGACUCUGAAGCCAGCGGGACGAUUGAGGUGGCGGCGCUCUGCCGGCCUUUCAGCCUCGGGAUGUUGUACGACUGCCGCAAAGACUCACUCAUCCCUGGCAUUACGCUGUGGGACCGCAAUGACCUGGAAAAAGAUAAAGGAGAAAGACCAAAACCGAACACUGACUUUGACAUUGUUGCAUCUGAAUCAAUUGAGGACAAAUCUUCAGCACUAAACGUUGAAGCUUCCCUGAAGGCAAGUUUCUUGAGUGGACUGGUUGAGGUUGAUGGAUCGGCCAAAUACCUGAACGACAGUAAGAUUUCCAAAAAUCAGGCCAGAGUAACUCUGAAGUACAAGGCUACCACAAAGUUCCAGGAACUGUCGAUGGAUCACCUUGGAAGAGACAAUGUGAAGCAUCCAUAUGUCUUUGAUAAAGGAUUAGCAACACAUGUAGUCACAGGUAUUCUUUAUGGGGCACAAGCCUUCUUUGUCUUUGACCGUGAGGUUUCUGAAGUGGAAGAUCAUCAAGACAUUGAGGGGAACUUGAAGGUGAUGAUCAACAAGAUUCCCAGUGUUGCUAUAGAGGGUGAAGGUUCCCUGAAACUGGAAGACAAGGACAGAGCAAAUGUUGAGAAAUUCUCCUGCAGAUUCUUUGGAGACUUUUCUCUUGAAAAAACUCCUGUGUCCUUUCAGGAUGCAGUAGAAGUCUACCAAAGCCUGCCAAGAUUACUGGGAGCCAACGGAGAAAAGGCUGUACCAAUGAAAGUCUGGCUGUUGCCACUGACAAGUUUAGAUUCUUCUGCUGCAAAACUGGUCCGUCAGAUAAGUUUAGGAUUAGUUCAGGAAUCACAGAGAGUCCUGGAGGACUUCAGUGAGCUGGAAAUGAGGUGCAAUGACACAAUGAGAACCACCACCGCACAGCAGUUCCCACAGAUUGGCAAAAAGAUUAAAACCUUUAAAGAGAUGUGCUCUGAGUUCAAGCUGGGAUUCCAACAAAACUUGGCAAAGAAACUUCCAUCAAUCCGAGGAGGAGGAGAAGAGGAGGCUGUGCUCGCAGAGAUCCUGAAGAAGAGACAUUCUUCUCCUUUCAACAGCAAAGACCUGAACGAGUGGAUGGACUGUAAAGAGAGAGAAGUCUACACCUUAAUGUCUUUAACCAACAUGAUGAAAAACACCAAGAUCGUCCCCUCUCAGAAUGUUCUUAGUAAAGAAACCCUCAGUGCAGACCAUGCUGUGUGUUUUGUUUUCACCUCCCUGGUAAGUGCUGAACCGUACCUCUCAGCUUUAUCUAACUACUUAAAACAAACACCCGAACCAGACGACCCUCAAGAUGUAGAGAAGGAACAUUGGUUCACCUCAAAAGAAAUAACAGAUGCAAUGAGGAAUAAAGCAACGCUCUUCAGUGACUUUGCAGAGGCCAACAAGGAGAACAAGAACAUAAAGUUCCUGACAGUGGGAUUAACAAAUGAGACACAGAAAGGUUCAAGCAUCUACCUUUAUGAAGUCGGCUUUUCUGUCAAUGAGAACUUUGAGCCGCCUUCAAAGCCUGAAACAGUAACAGCAAGUGACAUAAAGCACAACAGUGUGACACUGAAGAUUUCUGCGCCCAGAUUUGGAGCAGAGAACAUCACCUCCUACUCUGUAGAGUACUGUGUCAGAGGAGAGGAUGGAUGGCAACAAGAGACAGCAUCAAAAGCUGGAGAAGUCACAGUGAGCCAUCUGAGUCCUAACACAGAGUAUAUGUUCAGAUGCAGAGCAGUGACCUCAGCAGGUGUUGGGCCGGCCAAUGAAGUCAGUGGUUCCAUUAAAACCUUACCUUGCAGCCCUCCUGGAAAACCUCAAGUUGAACCAAACUCACGUGAGAUCUCAGUCAGCUGGAGAAACCUGCUGAGCUUGGACAAGAUGUCCAGAUUUUGAGCUACAUCGUGGAGUACGCCAAAACAGACAACAGGGUGAAAGAGGAAGAUCUCCAAUGGAAGCAAAUGAUGUCGAGAGCUGAAAAGGCGAUCAUUUCAGGGCUUCAGCCAGAGACAGAAUAUGUUGUCAGGGUCAGAUGUGACUGUGGUGCAGCUGGAAGAAGCAAGGAGAGCAUCUCUGUUAAUGUCUGCACAAUGAAAUUUAAACGGCUCACAGAACUCCUCAAAAGCAGAAGUGAAAGGAUAAAUUCUGAAUCACCUUCAGUUUACAAACUGCCUCUGAAAGAAGAAGAUACGGACAUUGAUGGAUGUAGAAGAUACAGUUUUGGCAAAGAAAGCACGAGGAAAAAUCGCACAAUAAUGUUUUUUGGAGUGUCCGGAUCUGGAAAGGCGACUCUGAUCAAUGGACUGAUCAACUACAUUGUUGGUGUCGAAUGGGAGGAUUCAUAUCGGUUUAAGUUAAUUGAUGAGGAUCAGUCGACGUCACAGGCUGAAAGUCAGACCUCUGAAGUCACUGUGUACAAAAUCAACCACCAGGAGGGUUUUAAAACAGAAUACUCUCUGACCAUUGUUGACACUCCAGAGUUUGGAGAUACAAGAGGCUUAAUAAGAGACAGACAGAUCACAGAACAGCUGUGUAAUCUCUUCUCUGCUGAGCUUGGUGUCAGUGAAAUUGACGCUGUGUGUUUUGUAGCUCAGGCUUCUUUACCUCGACUCACGCCAACACAGAAAUAUGUGUUUGACUCCAUACUCUCAAUCUUUGGCAAAGAUGUGGCAGAAAACAUCAGGGUUCUGGUGACAUUCGCAGACGGCCAGCGUCCACCAGUUCUAGAGGGAAUCAAUGCUUCAGGUGUCCCAUGUCCUAAAACAAGAGACGGGCUGCCAGUUCACUUCAAAUUCAAUAACUCAGCUUUGUUUGCAGACAACAAAUCAUCUGCAGCAGGCAGCAUGAGUGGGGAUGAUGAGGAUGAAGAUGGAGGCUUUGAUCAGAUGUUUUGGAACAUGGGGAUAAAAAGCAUGAAGAGGUUCUUUGCUGCUUUGAAUAUCAUAGAAACCAAAAGCUUGACGAUGAUGAAAGAGGUCCUCAGAGAAAGACAGCAGCUCGAGAAUUCAUUUAACAAAUUUGCUGAAAAACUUCAAACUUGGUUUAAACAAACCUGAGAAGAAUCAAGAGCCACGCCUGAAGAAAAACAAGGGCUUUUGGGAAGAGUUCAGAUCCUGAAAGUAGUGAGUGGAGUGAAAGAACUAGACGACGAUGAUAAUGAUGAUGAAGAUGAUGUUAAUAAUGAAGAAGAUAUUUAUAAAAAUUAUGAUGAUGUCAGCAUCUUGAAUAUGGUGACAUCAUGUUUAUUUCUAUUAGAGAAUGCACAAGAUGAAGAACUUGAUGUUAGUGGAAUCUUCUUGUUGAAGAAGAUAAUGAUGAAGAAGAUGAUUAUGUCAGCACCUUGAAGAUGGUGACAUCAUGUUUCUCUUUAUCAGAGAAAGUACAUGAUAAAGAACUUGAUGUUGGUGCAAUCCUCUUGUUGAAGAAGAAGAUGAUAAUGUUUGGAUUUAGGAGGAUUUAUUGACAGAAAUGCAAUAUAAGAUCCAUAACUAUGUUUUCAGUGGUGUAUAAAGACCUUACAUAAUAAACCGUUAUGUUUUUAUUACCUUAGAAUGAGACAUUUCUAUCUACAGACACCGCGGGUCCUCUUACAUGGACGCCGUCUUGUUUCUACAGUAGCCUGAACAGACAAACGACUCUACGGAGCGUGUUUCGUCACUUUGUUUAAUACAUACAAAGAAGAAGGAAGAAGAAGAAGUAAUAGUUGUAGUAGUAGUAAAGCGCUCAGAGAUAACUGUUGUGAUUUGGCGCUAUGUAAAUAAAAUUGAACUGAAAUUGUUAGAGCCGCUGGUAGCAGCCGUGUGUUUUGGUUACUGUCCAUGUGUUUUCCCAGUAUGCUAAGCAGGUUGUGCAAUCCCCGGCUGAGGAUUGGCUGGUUUCGGUGAGGAACCGGUAGUAUGUAUAUUGUUCGCUGGUUGCAGCAGCUUCACUUCUGUGGCCUGUUUGUGUUUGUUACUGUUAUUACUGAGAGUCAGUAUUUAUUUUGUUGAGAGUAGUCUUUGUGUUAGCUGUUUAGCUAAAGACUCUGUUGCAGCAGUUUAUUUCACUACUGAGAGUCAGUAAGUGUUUAUUUUUGUUAAGAGACACCCUUGAGUUAGUUUGUGUUUAACCGUGUGUCUGCAGAGUUGGGCUAGGUUUUAGAGUAAGUACUUUUUGAGUUAGUAAUCCCUGUUUUGGAGGGAUCUCUUUUUGUUAUCUUGAGUUUAUGUUAUCACAGCACCCACUUGCCCAACUUUAGUUUGUUAAAACCUUAAACUUUUCCACCAUACCAAGUGCAUCUGGUUUAUGCAUACAUCCCCUUUCCCCUAGUGAGCUGGGACGUAACAAAAUUGAAUAGUAGUGGUAGUAGUAGUAUUAUUUGGACAAAUGGAACACCGCAUGUAUUAUUUAGCACACGAGCCGACAGAGCUUGUCACCACUGUAGCUCCUCCUUUGAGCUUACAAAGGGAGGGGUGAGCGGUGACUGAGCCGUUGGUUGCAAUUCACAACCCUCACCACUAGAUGCCACUAAAACUUACACAGUGAACCUUUCUGCCCUGCUGGGGAAAUGUUUCACUCCUCUCCAGCUACCAGUCCACACUCCGUACUGACUUCAUACUGGACUUCAAACAGCAUCCCUCCAGUUCCCAAGCUAAGGGACCCCACGGACCCCAAAAGCUGAGUACAUGGCUAACACAGGAGUGGAACUUCUCCAGCUUCCAUAGUGAUCAGGAAGAUUUUUGUGACACAGAUAAAAAAGAACCAAACAGGACAGAGAGUGAUGUACUGAGACAGAGUCUCCAUACUGAGACACCGACACUUCAGUUAUUCUAACCAACAAAAGUAGAAAUGUGUUCGACAUAAAGAGAGAAGCUGCUAACUCGUUUGUACAAACAUAUUCCAGCAGGAGUUAUCUGCAGAAAAUCUCAGAUUUUCCGUGUGUGCUGAUAAAUGUUUGAGUGUGCUGGAAGCAUUAACUGGACAACUUCCUGCCACCAUUAACACCAGUGUCACAGUUUAAACCUGCAGCUUUAUUAACUCAGCAAACCUGAACACUGAGAAUUAAAUAGUAUUCAUAUUUUAUCUAUUUUUUCAAUCUAAAAAUAACUGCUCAUAAAAAGCAUUUAGAUAUAUAGAUUUACAUUGUUCAGUACAGCUUUGUAAACAGGAAUAUCAGCUUCUUGCUCAGAUUUAAAGUUUUACUGGGAUGGUUGAUUUGACCUUUCUGCAUUCUGAUAUGUAUCAUUUACUUUGUGUACUUAUAUUCAUCUUACUGUCCACUAUGUGUACCAGUGUUUCAGCUAUAAUGAACAUCUGUGAGAUAGUUUUAUCUUCUGCCUACUGUUCCUGUGAGAACUAUCAUAGUAUUAAGGUAUCAAGGCUGAGAACAGCUUUCUCGUAGACUCCACAGUUAUCUCCUGCAUUAAAUCCCUGAGUUAUCCUUUCCUCUGGACCAGAGUAUGUGUAUAAAUAAAUAAAUGUUAUUAUUCGAA